AUGAAACAAAUAAAAGAAAUAUCUAAUAAUGAAAAAGGAGUAACAAAAAAAAGAAACAAUCAAAUUGAAUAUUCUUUAAAGAAUGAGGGGGUAUAUAAAGAAUCUACGAGAAAUAAAUAUAGCAUAUAUGAAACAGAAAAAUAUUCCCUUCUGGAAAAAAAAAUAUUAGAAGAAAUGGAUUAUAUGAAUUUUCUUAUGAACAACAGAACAAUUGGUCGUGAGACUUACAAAGAAAUAAUACGUAAAAAGUACGUAGUACGACUUGUUUUACCUUUAUUAUCAUUCUUGUUGUUAUUAACAUCACUCAUGUUAGAUUUAUAUGGGAAUUGUGGAAUUAUAAAUUGGUUACUUAAUUUGUCAUAUAUUGAAUUUUCUUAUAGGUGGGCUGAAAGUGUGAAAAAUUUCAUAUCUCGGUACCAUCUGGAAAGAUUGAUUAGAACUGUGUGUAUGAUGACUAAUGAUGCAAUGAUGAAUUAUGUAUUACGUAAUUUAUUUGGGACCUUAAUAUAUUUAAUAUCUUUCUUUAUAUUAGGUGGAAGACUUAUAUCUUCCUUUUUUUAUUUCAAUAAAAAAGUUAAAAAAUACGAAAAUAUUUUAUUCAGGUAA